AGAACCGCCGAGCUCCGCCCACCGGCGAGUGGGGAGACUGAUGUCUCGUGCUCGGUAUCAGCGAGGAGAUUUCAUGGAGGCUUUUACGAAAAAAUCUAUACACGCAUGGAGAGGUGGCAGUACUCCGUUGGCGGAAAGCUAUGCGAAAUGUUGCCGAUUCCUCCGGUUGGGUUGGGUUUUCAGUGGUGGAAGAAUUGUCAAGGAGGAAGCAAUUUGAUACAAUAAUUUGCAUCAUUCUGCAGCCAUGGGUAAAGAACAAUUGGGAGUGCUUAACGCUCUCGAUGCGGCCAAGACUCAGUGGUACCAUUUCACUGCAAUUGUGAUAGCUGGGAUGGGAUUCUUCACGGAUGCAUAUGAUCUUUUCAGCAUCUCCCUAGUUACCAAAUUGCUCGGACGUAUAUAUUACUAUACUGAGGGGCAAAAAAGCCCGGGCACACUCCCUAUAAGUGUCAAUGCUGCUGUCAAUGGUGUUGCAUUAUGUGGCACUCUAGCUGGUCAGCUCUUCUUUGGGUGGCUUGGUGACAAGCUGGGACGGAAAAGUGUCUAUGGGGUAACUCUAAUACUAAUGCUUGUCUGCUCUACAGCCUCGGGGCUGUCCUUUGGGAGGCAUGCAGGGGGUGUCAUGGCAACACUUUGCUUCUUCAGAUUUUGGCUUGGUUUUGGCAUCGGAGGUGAUUACCCUCUUUCAGCUACCAUCAUGUCUGAGUAUGCAAACAAAAGGACUCGUGGGGCAUUUAUUGCUGCUGUGUUUGCAAUGCAGGGAUUUGGAAUUUUGGCUGGUGGAGUAGUGUCUCUUUUUGUGUCUGGUUUAUUUAAUAAAUGGUAUCCAGCUCCUGCUUUCCAGCAAAAUGGAAUAAUUACUGGAAGCAGGUCCACUGUGCCUCAGGCAGACUAUGUCUGGCGGAUAAUUCUUAUGUUUGGUGCUCUCCCUGCUUCUCUUACAUAUUACUGGCGUAUGAAGAUGCCAGAAACUGCCCGGUACACUGCCCUUGUUGCAAAGAAUGCCAAACAGGCUGCUACUGACAUGGCAAGGGUUUUGCAUGUGGACAUUGAACCAGAGGAAGAUAAGGUCACAAGGAUAGUUGAUGAUCGAGCAAAUUCCUUUGGCUUGUUCUCCGGUGAAUUUGUGCAGCGACAUGGUCUCCAUUUGCUUGGAACUACCACCUGUUGGUUCCUUGUAGAUGUUGCUUAUUACAGUCAAAAUCUGUCCCAAAAGGACAUUUUCACUAACGUUGGUUGGCUUCCCUCAGCAAGUAAGAUGAAUGCAAUUUAUGAGGUCUACAAAAUUGCAAGGGCACAAACUAUUAUAGCACUAUGUGGUACCAUUCCGGGCUACUGGUUCACAGUGGCUCUCAUUGAUAAAAUGGGGAGGUUUAAAAUCCAAUUGAUGGGUUUCUCCUGCAUGACAAUCUGCAUGUUUGCGCUUGCCAUACCUUAUAACCACUGGAAGGACCAUAGCCAUACUGGAUUUGUUAUCAUUUACGCUCUCACCUUUUUCUUUGCAAACUUUGGACCCAAUGCCACAACAUUUGUUGUCCCAGCAGAGAUCUUCCCUGCAAGGCUAAGGUCAACAUGCCAUGGGCUAUCAGCUGCAACUGGAAAGGCCGGUGCCAUAGUUGGUGCAUUUGGGAUCUUGUAUGCUUCUCAGAGUCCGGAUAAAUCACAGAAUGGAGGGUACCCAGCAGGCAUUGGAAUGAAGAACACACUUAUUGUGCUCGGUUGCGUCAAUGCCCUCGGAAUAUUCUUCACUUUCUUCGUGCCUGAAGCAAAAGGAAAAUCACUUGAGGAGAUAACAGGUGAGGAUGAGACCGAAAAUGGUGAUGUGGAAAUGCCUCAGGCUCAUCCUUCUCGGGCCAAUUACCUAUAAUUUGAACAAGUUAGUUCAUUAAAGUUUGUCACAAAUGCUAUAUGCGUGUCCUAAGUUCUAUCUUUAGUUAGGUGUGGUUGGUUUCGUUUUCCUUCCCUGGUGUGUUGGUUUUGCAAUUUCUUGUCAAUUUAUGCCAAAUGGAUAAUAAGGCAUGUACCUAGCCAUUUGCUCUGGAGUCUGGUCUGGGUACCAUAAUCAUUGGAUGUGUGUGUACUAUCAUUUUGGUCUACUUUUCUUUGUAAUUAAUUUCACAAAAAUUUCCUGUCGAAACUAUAAAUGUUUAUGUAUCUUUUUUCUUUUGGCUAUGAAUUUCGUUUUGAAGGGAUGAAUGGUGAACUGUAAGGUCUUAUGCACUUCAACUCCCAAGUUUUAAUAAAGCUACACAUAAUUA